AUGCCUCAACACCACAUGGAAAACUCCAGGAGCCAGUGGCAGCAGGGUCUGGGGCCUCCGGGGAUCAGCAGAGCUGCUGAAGGUCAGAGUCCCGCCUCCUCAGGGGCUGAGUCAGAUACAGAAAGUAGCAGCACAGAGAGUGAAAAGACCUGUAUUAACAAGCUGGAGGUGGGCUCUCUGAGGGUCCUGCCUUCACCUUCCAUGCUCCAACAGCGAAUCACAGAGAUUGACCAGCAGAAGGAAGAACUUAAGAUCGAGCUGCAGCUGGAGAUUGCACUGCUACAAGGAGAGCUGCAGACAGAGAAGGACAAGCUGCACAGACACACACGGAAGCUGCAGGCUCUACAGCAGGAGGCCAGACAAAGAGAGAAACACAAACACACAGACAGACAAAAGGAGCGAGAGAGUCUGGAAGGUGAGAGACGCAGGGUGGAGGAACUGAAGAGGAGGUGCAAGGAGAAAGAGAAGCUGAUCCCCAGUCAGCCAGAAAGUCAGAAAAAACAGCUAACACUGCAGCUGCAGCAGGAGAAAGAGGUGAUGGAGGCAGCUGUUCGGGCCUUUGAGGACUGGGAGUUUAGUUUUCUGGAGCGAGAGACUGGCAUCGAUGAAGAGGAUGAAAGCACGGCGGGUGAAUGUAAGGAGAGAAGGAGUGAAGGAGAGCUGGAGAAGGAAAUCUCAUGCCAGCAGCUUGUGGUCGACACUGCGCAGGAGCAAGUCCACCGGUUAGCACAAAAACUGAGGAUGGAGAAGGAGAAGGAGAGAGGGAUGAAUGCCCUGAGGAAAGAGAAGAGGGAGCUCAUACACAGUCAAAUGGUUUGCAAAGAGAAGAAGUCGCUCACUGAUUGGUCAGACAUCACCGGCUCAGCUCCCUGCAUGAUGUCACUUUCUCCUCUGACUGUUCACAAGCCUCCCAGGUUUGAUCCAAGCAAAGAAGGUGCCAAUCUGCCCAGACGACGGAGCUCGCAUCGCAACAACAGACUGAACGACAGGCCAAUGUCAGCACAGGGGUUGGUGAGGAUGCAUCCUGACAGCCAGACCCCAGAGACUUUCACAUCCCCCGUCCUCUCCCAUAGACUGAGCAAUGGGCACAGCAGUGGGCACAGCAACGGGCACAGCCCUGGGCACAACAGUGGGCACAGACCUGGACCUAGCAAUGGUGGUGGGCUCCUCACUCCAUGUAACAGUGCAACAAGUUCUCGUGCGGCCAGUCCAUGCCUUUUGGAUCUCAUGGAGAUUGAGAAGAAACUGAGGGAAGCCAAGGCAGAGAGAGAGAGGCUGCUCAGAGAGCGGGAAGAGCGGCAGCGGUUGCUGUUGGAGGAGAGAAGACAAAAGGAGCUAACCUCUUCCAGAGCAGAACCACCAGAAUCAGAGACCCCACAAAGACCAGAGCCAAAGCCAGAAGAGCAACAAAGGGUCAUCUCCUCCCCAAACUCCUCUGAGCGGCGUAGCCUGCCCCUCUUCCUCUCUCCAAACUUUGACCUGAGGGCCCACGUGGAGUCUCUGGGUCACGGGGUUACCGGCUGUACGGAUCUGCGGCUGACGCCUCGACGCUGUGCGGGCUUCCUCACCAAACAAGGGGGGAGGGUCAAAACCUGGAAGAGGAGGUGGUUCCUGUUUGACAUGGACCACAGACGACUGGCCUACUAUACAAACUGUGAUGAAAGGAAGCUGAAGGGAGUCAUCUAUUUCCAAGCUAUAGAGGAAUUUUACUAUGACCAUCUACGAACAGCCACCUCUUCUCCUCGGCCCAGUCUGACCUUCUGUGUGAAGACGUAUGACCGUCUUUUCUUUCUGGUGGCGUCCAGUGCAGUGUCCAUGCGGAUGUGGAUGGAUGUUAUUGUCACGGCAACAGACGAACACAGUCGUUAUUGACUUUCUGACUGUAAAAUCGUCGCUACUGAGCGAGCAGUGCCGGGAGUUAUUUUUCCCUCUCUCCUGCUUAAGGGCCUGGUUUUUGCUGCAGAUCCGCCUCAGGAGCUCAUUCUGUACCUGGACUCAUGAAUAUGUGAAUAAAGUGGUGGAAGCUGUUACUGACAGAGCGAUGGCGGAUGAGGGUCACCAGCUGCAAACCACAAACAGCCUGCACACUGUGGGUGUCUGUUACUGGGGAGGUGAUACUCGCUGAGCUUGACCUCCCCCUGCUGGUCACAGUCCUGCAUUACAAGACUGAUGUACACUAAGCUAAAAUACACUACAACAGGUGGUGGACAUACACUUUACACUACUAUGCAUUCCAGUGUAACAGCCCAGCAAUAAGUGUACUUAAAUUAGACUGUUGAGGUUAAACACUGUGACUGCUGUAAUUUGUGUUGGAUUGCUUUAUAUUGCCAGGUGUUCCCAUUAAUAUGGCCACAUCAUCCUCUGUUUUCAUUUAAGACACAUUGUAAAUAACAUUUUUAAGAUUAUUUAUUCAGAAAUUUAUA